AACAAACAGGACACAGACAUCUGCGUCCAUAAAACUAGUCUGAAGAACCUUGGAAAGCUGCCAGAUACAGGUCUUUGCUGCCCCCCAAAAGAGUUUUGAGUCAAGAUGUUAGUCAAGUGUGCCCAAUUGCGCUCGUACUCAGUUACUCUGCUGGGCCCUGCAAACAACCAGAGGAAGCGAAUCGUGAACCCGGGAGGAUGACAUGUAACAUGUUCGACAGGGCGUCAAAGGUUGAAAAUUCAGCAGAUGAUGACAAACAACAAGAAAGACAGGACCUACCGUCGCCUGGGACUGAUCAGAUCUGGGCUCCUGCACUUUUCUUAGGCUAGGGGUGCAAUUUCUUUAUGGAAAAAUGCUUUUAAAAGUAGUAAAAUCAUUCCUCUGUCGAAAAAAAAAUCGUAACCUCGCUGUUUGAAGAGUUUCGUGGCUGACACAUUUCGACUGAAAUAUUUAGAGAGUCAUUGUUUCAUCAGGCGGCUCACGUACAUCUUGACCUUGGGUCACGACAGGUUAAAGGUCACUGAAGGUUACUGGAGGCGGAACGGUACGGAGAGCCAGGAGAGCGUCAUGAUGUAGUCGUGUGCCUCCUCUUUUAGCUCUGCGCUGAGACUUUCAGCAGUAUUCAGUAUGUUCAGCACGCUAAGGAGAGCGUCGUGGUUGUUCCUGACCCUUAUGGUGCUGUCAUGUGUGGGAAUGGUCUUGUUUUGGAGGAAAAUGUUUCUGACGGGGCAGGCGGGCGAGCCGCUCGGCAGGAAGUCGCUCGGCACGCGGGUGUUAUCUGAGAACCGUCCGCCUACAGAUGGAACCGCAGACGACGUUUUACUGAGGAGGUUUCUGGAGAAAGUCAACAACACCAUAGACGCACGGAUAGCGGCCAAAGUCAGGGACAACAAGCAGCCACAGUUACAGCUCCACCCCGGCUCCAAAACCAGUCACGUUGCGGGGGUGUGCCAGUGGUGUAAGUGCCAGCAGAACCUGACACAGCUGGAUGUGACUCACACCGUGUACCAUCACAUCAUCGUUAGUGACAAGUACAAGUUUCUCUACUGCUACGUCCCCAAAGUAGCCUGCACCAACUGGAAAAGAGUUAUAAAAGCGUUAGAAGGCAGUCUUGCUUCCACAGACCAAGAAAUUGAUAUUUACGAAAUCCACCGGAAGAAUUGGACCUACCUGAAGGACUAUGACCAGGCAGGGAUCCAGUACAGACUGCAGAAUUACUACAAGUUCAUGUUCGUGCGUGACCCCCUGGAGAGACUGAUCUCCGCCUACAGGGACAAGUUCGUGGAGCAUCCCGAGGAGACUUCGGGAGAGGGACGGAACAGGGAACAAGAAGAGUACCGAAGCGGGGUGGACAUCGUGGGACAAGACGUGACUUUUGAAGAGUACGUACGGUUUGGAAUCCAAGCCCAAGGGAGGGACUUGAACGAGCACUGGCAGUCCUUUAACGAACUCUGCCAGCCUUGUGCUGUGAACUACGACUUCAUCGGCACAUACGAGAACUUGGAGGAAGACGCAGAACAUGUCUUAAAGGUGCUUGGGGUAGACAACAAGGUGUCGUUUCCAAGGCGACAGGCACAGAUUUAUAACAAAAGGACUACAGGUGAGGUGCUGAAGGAGCACCUGGAUAGAUUGCCUGAUGCUGAGAGUUACCUCCGCAAACUGUGGGCUAAGUAUAGCUUAGACUAUGCCAUGUUUGGGUAUAGUACGUCUGUACAGAAUGCACCAUAGGAAAUGGAACAGUCUUUAAUAGUGUAAUUCUCUAAUGUGAUUCCAAACCUUUACUGGUUGGGGCCUCUGUACAAGGUGUUCAAUGGAAGAGUUUUAUAUAGAAAUACAUAUUAUGUGUAUACACAUGUACUGCUUAGACGGGGUUUAAUAGUCAAAAACAGUUGCUACAUCUGCCACCUUUCAAGACAACAUGCAUGAAACAUACCUAAUUGGUAUUCCAUUUUCUGUCCCUGUUCCUAUACUAUGUUUGCUAUGCCUCAGAAGAACAUAAUUACAGUCUGGGACUUCCAGGUAUCUAGGUUGACAUACCUUAAUUUCUACCAGAAUAUGUGCAUGCAAGUAAGGUUCAAAGGAAAAUGCCACUAUCCCCAUUUUAUAAGAAAAACUGAAUGUCUGACAUUUGCUGGUACAAUGUAUGUAUCAUGAGGUAUACAGAGGUAAAUCUAUAUUUUGGCAAUGAAUAUUUUCUCUGUUUUUCUAUAUUUUCUAGUAAGUCUAUAGUACUCUAUACCCACUUC